CAUCCAUUCAAAAGCCAGCGAAGCGUGAAAUGACACAUCCGCACAAUCUGGUAAAGUCAGGUUUGCUUUUCACACAAACCCGUCAGGAAAAAGGUGGGACCACACCUGCACGGGUGGUCCCAUAAAGACGCCCCGGCUGAAAAAGUCCGCAGGAUUAAACCCAACGCUAAACGCCACGAUGCUGACUUCCAUCCAGCUGAUCGCUUUGCUUUUGUGGACAAGCGUCAGUCGCGUCGACGCAGAAAAACUUUUCCAUCGACGGGAUCAUUCGGAUUUGCAGAUGUUCAACUCGCAACAAGCUAAGGUCAUCACGGACGAGUACGCCGCGGAGCUGUUCCUGUCUAGAUUUGGCUUCAUGAACCCAGUGAGGUGGGCGGAGAUGCAGGACCAGGACUAUCAGGACGCUGACUACCUUGACGAGCUUCAAGCGACCAUCCAGGAAGGGACCUCUGUUCCCCGUUCCAGGGCUGGUCCUCAGGAAGGAGAAAGCCAAGCGUUCAUCUCGGCACUGAAAGACUUCCAGCGCCUGUCGGGUCUGCCCGUGACGGGCGUGUUGGACGAGGCCACCCGAGCGGUCAUGAACAAGCCCCGGUGCGGCGUCCUCGACCAAGUGCUGGACUUGAUGCCCACGGAGGCGCCUGAGGGGUCCUCAGAUGUUGAAAACGCCACCACUGAGGACGCUGGGAGUAACGACACAAGAAGCGACGUGUGGUUGAGUCCUCAUAACGAUUCAGGCCAAGCCGUGGUCCGCAGGAAACGCCACCUGGCCGAUCUGGUCUCCAAGAGCAGUCGCAAGCCAGACGCGAGGGACUGGGGGCACGUGGCCUUCAGCAAGAACGUGCUGAGGUGGAGGCUGAUGGGCGAAGGCUACAGCAGCCAGCUGUCCAUCGAGGAGCAGAGGUACAUCUUCAGGCUGGCCUUCAGGAUGUGGAGCGAGGUGUCGCCUCUUGAGUUCAUGGAGGACGACCGCUCGCCGCUGGAAGAUAUCGAUAUCAGGCUCGGCUUCGGCACGGGAAGACAUCUGGGUUGCAAUCAGAGGUUUGAUGGCUUGGGUCAGGAAUUCGCCCACGCUUGGUUCCUGGGCGACAUUCACUUUGACGACGACGAACACUUCAGCGGUCCAAAUGGCGGCGGCGGAAUCAGCCUCCUUAAGGUGGCAGUCCAUGAAAUCGGACACGUUCUCGGACUGCCUCACAUCUACAGACCCGGGUCUAUCAUGCAACCCAGCUACCUGCCCCAGGAGUCCAGCUUUGAGAUGGACUGGAUGGACAGGAAAGCCAUCCAGAACCUUUACGGGGGAUGCAAGGGCCGAUUCAGCACCGUGUUCGACUGGAUCAGAAGGGAGAAGACGCCCUAUGGGGACGUGGUGGUCCGCUUCAACACGUACUUCAUGAGGGACGGCUGGUACUGGCUCUACGAGAACAGGAACAACCGAACACGCUACGGAGAUCCGGUGCCGCUGCAGAUCGGCUGGCAUGGACUUCCUGCUGAUGGCGUGGACGCCUACGUCCAUGUUUGGUCCCGGAAAAGAGAAGCCGUUUACUUCUUCAAAGGCACACAGUUCUGGAGGUACGACAGCGACAACGACCAGGCCUUCAGACAGGACCCAGAAGGCCACAGGUAUCCAAGGAAGAUCUCCAAAGCUUUCCCAGGAAUAUCUGGUCCGAUUGACACUGCCGUUUACGACCGUAAGGACUCCCGGAUUUACUUCUUCAAAAGCACUUGUGUGUACGCCUUUGACCUGGAGUCCAACGGCUUGGCGAGAGGCUUCCCCAAACCCUUACGAGACGCCUUUCCUCCAGUGUCCGCCGGCGACCAUCCCGAAGGAAGCAUCGACGCCGCUUACUUCUCCUACAGCCACAACGCCAUCUUCCUCCUGAAGGGGGGCCACUUUUGGAAGGUGGUCAACGGGCGGGAUCGCCGGAGACGCCCCUUCCUGCCCCGGAACGGCCUGCUGGCUCACAAGGAGGUGGACCAGCACUGGUUCGACAUCUGCAAUGUCCACCCGACCGCACUGAGGCUGACGAGAUGA